AUUGUUAACAUGCAGCUCAGUGGGACUACUGCCGAUCUCCUUGUUUCACCCAAUUAUUGCUCCUGAUGUGCCUUCCCCCAGCACUAACACUGGCCAGUUUAUGUGGGAGAGAGCUGAAGCUAUUAGCUGGACAUUCGGAACAGUACACUGAAAUAGCGUAUUAUUGCUAAUGGCUCCACUCUUGGAACAUGAGAAUCAGAUAUUCUUGGAUCUCUUCCACGAGGAUGGUCUUGUCAUCACAGCCCGAGGCCUAGGCAUUGACAGAAUCCUGCAGAAUUUUCUGAAGCUUUAUUGCGAUCCGGGGAAUCUGGUUUUGGUGCUGAACACAAACACAGCAGAGGAGGAGUACCUUAUAGAACAGCUGAGAUCUGAAGGCAUUACACAGUUACCCCGCAUUAUCAAUAAUGAGGUUGCCACUGGGGAGAGAUAUGAUGUCUACACACAAGGGGGUGUCCUGUUUGUCACAAGUCGAAUUCUUGUGGUGGAUUUUCUCACUGAUCGGAUUCCUUCAAACCUGAUUACUGGAAUCCUUGUGUAUAAUGCACACAAGAUCAUAGAAUCCUGCCAAGAAGCUUUUAUACUGCGCUUGUAUCGACAGAAGAAUAAGCAGGGCUUUAUUAAAGCCUUCACAGACAAUCCAGUUGCAUUUCACGCUGGAUUCUGCCAAGUGGAACGAGUAAUGAGAAACCUGUUUGUUAAAAAGCUGUAUCUAUGGCCAAGGUUCCAUGUAUCUGUAAAUUCAUUUUUGGACAAACAUAAGCCAGAAGUCGUUGAGCUGCACGUCUCCAUGACCCCUUCCAUGCUAGCCAUCCAGUCUUCCAUAUUAGAUAUAAUGAAUGCUUGCUUAAAAGAACUCAAGCGCUUCAAUCCAGCACUAGAAGUAGAGGAUUUGUCCUUGGAAAAUGCGAUUGGAAAAGCUUUUGACAAGACUAUUCGUCACUACUUAGAUCCACUGUGGCAUCAACUUGGAGCAAAGACCAAGUCCUUGGUCCAGGACCUGAAGAUCCUUCGUACCAUGUUACAGUAUCUAUCACAGUAUGACUGUGUGACUUUCCUGAACCUUCUGGAAUCAAUGAAAGCAAGUGAAAAGGCAUUUGGGCAGAAUUCAGGUUGGCUGUUUCUUGACUCAAGCACUUCCAUGUUUGUGCACGCUCGAGCCCGAGUCUUCCAUGUUCCUGACUCCAAAGCAAUUAAGAAGUCAAAACAAUCGGAUCCAAAAGAAAAGCAAGAUGGCAAGAAGCUGGUGUUAGAGAGCAACCCUAAGUGGGAAGCAUUAAGUGAAGUUCUAAAGGAGAUUGAACAAGAAAACAAGAACAGCGAGGCUUUGGGAGGGCCAGGUCGAGUGCUGAUUUGUGCCAGUGAUGACCGAACUUGCUCACAACUUAGGGAAUAUGUAGCUGUUGGGGCAGAAGCACUUUUAAUGAGACUUUACAAUAAAACCUUUGGGAGGGAUGAAAAAGCAGCAGAGGUUUGGAUAAAAAGCAGAAAAGCCAUGAAGGCUAAAGGCAACAACAAAAGCAUGAAAACAUCCAUUCAUAAGAAGACAGAAGGCAAAGCUAAACAGAAGAAAAACAAUAAAAAGACAGAACUGACCUUAACGCAAAUGAUAGGCAAAGGAGAGGAAGAUGAAAUGGGGAAGGAUGGGGAAGAAGAAACGUAUGGAGAGGAAAGUAUGAGCCAAGAGAGCAGCAUUGAGGAACCAAAGUAUGAAGACCUCCAGCUGAACUUGCCUUCAGAUUCCUAUUAUGGCAUUUUAAAAGAGCCACUCACUGUUAUUCACCCUUUGCAAGGUUGUAGCGACCCCUAUGGACUGACAAGGGUACUGCAUGAAAUCGAGCCAAGAUAUGUAGUUCUUUAUGAUUCCGAGGUUAGCUUUGUUCGCCAGCUUGAAAUUUACAGAGCAAGCAAGCAGAAACCUUUAAGGGUAUAUUUCCUAAUCUAUGGAGGUUCCACAGAAGAGCAGCGUUACCUGACUUCUUUGAGGAAGGAAAAGGAGGCGUUUGAGAAGCUUAUUCGAGAGAAAGCAAGCAUGGUGAUUCCUGAGGAGAGAGAUGGGAGAGAUGAGACCAACCUAGACCUUCAGAGAGAUGUAACUUCAACUUCUGACUCUGCUGACACAAGAAAAGCUGGAGGACAGGUGCAGAAUAAUGUGCAACAAACUAUUAUUGUUGAUAUGCGGGAGUUCCGUAGCGAGCUUCCAUCUUUAAUUCAUCGCCGCGGAAUAGAUAUUGAACCAGUUACUCUGGAAGUGGGAGAUUAUAUUCUAACACCUGAUAUAUGCGUUGAGAGAAAAAGUGUAAGUGAUCUGAUUGGCUCUCUAAACAACGGAAGAUUAUACACCCAAUGUGUUUCUAUGUGCCGGUAUUACAAGAAGCCCAUUCUUCUUAUCGAGUUUGAUCCCAACAAGCCUUUUUCUCUAGUAUCAAGGAACUCUAUUCACCAAGAGAUCUCAGUCAAUGAUAUCACAUCCAAAAUCUCUUUACUCACUCUUCAUUUUCCACGACUGCGUAUCCUUUGGUGCCCAUCUCCCCACUCAACAGCAGAGCUAUUUGAGGAGCUAAAGCAGAACCGUCCACAGCCCGAUUCUGCGACGGCAAUGGCCAUUACUGCCAACUCAGAAAGCAUACCAGAGUCUGAGAAGUACAAUCCCGGCCCUCAGGACGUUCUCCUAAAAAUGCCAGGCGUAAAUGCCAAAAAUUGCAGGGCCAUCAUGAACCAUGUUACAAAUAUUGCAGAACUGACAACGCUGUCUCUGGAAAAACUGACAGAAAUUCUAGGAAAUUCUACCUUUGCUAAGCAACUCCAUGAAUUCAUGCACACCUCCUAUACAGAGGCUGUUUCUCAGGGAAAAGCAAAAAGGUGACCGGUAUUCAAUCAGGAGAAACUUGUUUUAAAUGUAUUAAGUACCUACCUCCUGCAUGGAUUUGAAUAUUUAUGUAUUUUAGCCAGAGAGUGUGUAUAUGUGUAUAUAUAUCUAUCUACUCCUGCUUGUUUUUAUAUUUUGGCCAUAACAGAAUUAUUUUAAGUUAUGGCUAAAAUAGUAAUUUAGAGAAGAUGAAAAUGAAUACGUAUUUUAGUUAAAUCCUUUUCAUUCCUUGAGUUGUAUCUAUAUGAUUCCAAGAAACCACUGAAUAUCCUCACUUCCAGUACAGUUGCACCAAAUCCAUUUUUUCCAUGCUGAAUCCCAAAUCUUCCAUGAAGGAUUUGUUUGAAUCCUGAACACCAGGCACUUUUGUUUGGACGAAUCCGAAGCCUGUCAUAAAGAAGCAGAAUCCCAAGCUGAAUCCAGGAUUUCGGCACAUGCCUAAUUCUUAGCCACUCCCCAAUGGUUGUGUUUUAUAGUUUUGCUUGUUCUGAAUUUUGCACAAAAGGAAAAUAGAACUGUAGCAGAGAAUUAUAUUAUUAUACAUUUCCAUUCUUUGUUGAUUUUGCUGAAUGCUCAUUAUACAUUUGCUUGUAUGCUAUCUGAUGAUAUGCAGAUUUAUAAGACUAAUGCAGAAGGUUCUUUCAUUUCAAUCUAUGAGGAAGCCACAGUUACCCUAAAAUCGUUUUCCCCAUCAAAGGUGCGGGCUACUAGAGCCGACACUCCAGUUGGGGGAAACAGUAAUUUUUUAUUUGGUGUUUUUUUUGGUGUUUUAAUUGCCCCUGGGAGCUUCCUGUGCGAGCUGCCAUGUUGGGGCUCACUCAUGUGCAUAAUGAGCAAGUGCCUCAACUCGCUCAUCAUGUGUGUGACGUCAGAACAUGAGGUCCCUACCCCAGAUGCUCAUUAUGGCCACAUGCAUAGGGAGCUCCCUUCCGUAACGGGUGUCCUAGUGCUUUUUUUUUUUUUUUUUAAAUAAAAAAAAAAAGCUUCUGUUUACCCCAACCAGAGUGCAGGCUCUAUUAGCCAACACCUUUGGGGGGAAAAACUAUUUUACUGUAACAGGUGCCUUUAAAGCCACAUAUUCUGACCUGUACAUCUAUAAACAAGCAAGGAAGCUAACAGCGGCUAAAUUUCCCCAGUGAGUUUCUUUAAAGGGUAUCUUUAGUUGGAAAAAAGUUUCCUGGUCCAGCUACUGUAGAUCAGGACAAACCACUAUGCAAUAUAUGUUCAUUAUUUUUUUUUAAAUAAACCUGCUUCUUCCCUCACUUGCAGGUUACCAUCCUUAUUAUAAAACUGCAGUGAAGUUCAGUUGUGUCUUACUUUUCUAUAUAUAUUUACAUUUGUGAGUGAUUAAACAGCACAACAAACUGUGCUGCAAGAAAAAAACUAACUUAAAAACAAAAUAAUAAUAAAAUUGUUUAUUUUAUAGUAGCAAACAAUAAUGCAUGCUUUUAUGUAAAUUGUGAGCUUUUAGCUUGGGGGAAUAAAAGUUAUGUUUUAAUUAUUACUAGGUUCAUAUGUAGCAUUACACUCAUAAUACAUAUUUGUCACUCCAAGAAAGUGAGACGGCCUGGCAAUGUGUGAUUUCUAUCGGCUAUGCCGGGAUUUCAGAUUUAUAUAACAGUCAGGCCGAAUAGCUAAAAAUAUAAAAUAUAACGUAUGACUAUAAUUUGUAUAAAUGUCUUUUUUUGAAAAAACAUACGAGUAUUUGCCACAGUCACGAUGCACAUUUUGCCUGUGGUGCUACAACUAUAUUUAUGGUCUUGUCUGAAUAAAGGAGCAAAGUUACCUUGGUAAUAUCCUUUAUGUAUAGCACCAGAAUAAAAUAUACUUAUA